CCACCACCACCACGGCGACGACCACCACCACCCCGAGGAAGAGGAAGAGGCAAGAGAGCCGCGGUCUCCUCCUCCUCCUUCGCGGGCGCCGGCGGUGACGCUAGGAGCGCUGUCGGGCUCGAGCUGUGUGGAGUGGGUCCCCUCCUGUGCUGUCGGCGAUGGGGUGGGCUUCCUGCUGCAAGGGGUCGGACGGGAUUCUACCGGGCCGGAGGAAGAAGAAGAAGGAGACGACGUGGAGGAUCUUCUCGCUGAAGGAGCUUCAGUCAGCGACGAACAAUUUCAACUAUGACAACAAGCUUGGUGAGGGUGGGUUCGGUAGCGUCUAUUGGGGCCAGCUCUGGGAUGGAUCACAGAUUGCAGUGAAAAGGCUCAAGAGUUGGAGCAACAAAGCUGAAACUGAAUUUGCGAUUGAGGUGGAGGUUUUGGCAACAGUGAGACACAAGAGCCUUUUGAGCUUACGCGGGUAUUGUGCCGAAGGCCAGGAGCGCCUGAUAGUAUAUGAUUAUAUGCCAAACCUGAGCUUGCACUCUCACCUUCAUGGGCAGCAUGCAGCUGAAUGCCAUCUUGGUUGGGAACGAAGAAUGAAGAUUGCUAUUGAUUCUGCAGAAGGGAUAGCCUAUCUUCAUCACCAUGCGACGCCACAUAUCAUUCAUCGGGACAUCAAGUCGAGCAAUGUUCUCUUGGACUCGAAUUUUCAAGCGCGGGUUGCCGAUUUUGGUUUUGCAAAGCUCAUUCCAGAUGGUGCAACCCAUGUCACUACAAAGGUGAAGGGUACACUCGGUUAUCUUGCACCAGAAUAUGCCAUGCUUGGGAAGGCCUCUGAAAGCUGUGAUGUCUUCAGCUUUGGAAUACUGCUGCUAGAACUUGCCAGUGGGAAGAGGCCUGUCGAGAAGCUAAACCCCACUACAAAGCUAACUAUCACUGAGUGGGCACUUCCACUUGCCCGUGACAAAAAGUUCAAGGAAGUAGCUGAUCCAAAGCUCAAGGAUGUCUUUGAAGAGGCUGAACUGAAGCGGAUGGUGCUUGUUGGGCUCGCAUGCACUCAGAACAAACAGGAACAGAGACCAGUAAUGUCUGAAGUAGUCGAGCUGCUCAAGGGAGAGUCUGCUGAGAAGCUAUCCAACUUGGAGAAUGAUGAGAUGUUCAAGCCUGACCUGACCAGCUCCUUCCAGGACUCGUCACAUUCAUCUCGUCCUGAUAGUUCAGAUUGCAUCACAGAAGAGAAGACCUCAAAAGCAGAUACUAUAGAUGAGGCAGUUGAUUCAAGUGAGACAGUACCUUCAGCUAGGUAGUUUGAUGCAUAGAGUUGUAAGUUGUCUCUCGCGGAGUUCAUGUUUCCUCUCGUGGAGCAUUGUGUGGUUACCUCUGCUUGUGUGUUUAUGCCUUGUUAUUUGACAGGUUUGGGUGCUUCCUUACCCACCUCACAGAUAUACUUAUCUGUGCUGUGUAUGGUUAAUUAUCUCAAUCUGUUUCGAUAUGGUUGUACCAUGGCUUGUAAAAUUCUGCAUAUCUGGUGCUGAUCCCAACAUUAGCAUGUUGUUCCC